UCUGAUGAUUCCAACUCGUUCGAAGAAAUCUCAGCAGGUAAUAGAAAUCUAGUCUACUUCAUUCAUUUAUGUCUUGUUUGGUUUGGUUUGUUUUUUUUUUAAUUCCUUUUUCAAGCACAAGUCUUAUUAUAUACACAAUAAAACUGUCAGUUUCAGACCACAGUGGCUCUUCUUCUCCUGUUACUCCAAAGACUGAAAGAAUACAUGUACCUCUCACCUUUGGUACUGGAUCUUCUGAUCACAACCACUAUUCUGAUUCUUCUUUUUCCGAGUUAGACUCCGAAACUGAGGCCUUUUACUCUUCUCUCAACCACCACCUGGUCUCACCGGGGGGAACAAUGGAUGGCCAUGAGUUUUCUGAUAACCAAUUCAGAUAUGGAGAACUGAUGAUGAAAUACGUUCAAUGCGUGGAAGAGUUAAGGACUACUACUCUACAGCUCCAAGAUUCUGAACAAGAGGUUGAGAGACUCCAGUUUGAGGCUGAGAAGAAGAGAGACUCUGAUGUUCUGCUACGCGCUGAGCUUGAAACUGCAAGGAGAGAGAUAGAGACGAAGGAUGCAGACAUUGAGACUCAGAAAAGGAGAGCUCUUGAGCUGCAAAUGCAGGUGGUUGAUUUGGAAUCUCAGCUCUCUGACUCGAAUCUCAAAUUUGAAAAUCUAGUGAAUGAGCUUGAGGUGAGUAAGGGGUGUUUAGCUGCAAGUGAUGCUGAGAUCACAAAGCUAGGGGUAAUGUUAGAGAAGAAGGCUUUCUUGGAAACUCAGGUCAAAGAAACUGAAUCACGUAGGGAGGUGCUGGAAGAUCAGAUUAAGCGUUCUGGUUCAGAGAAUAUGGAGAUGAAGAGUAGAGAGGUUAAGUUGGAAGCUGAGAUCUCUUCAUUGAAGACAGACUUGGCUUCACGAGAUGAGCAUAUCGAAGCGUUGAACAAAGAUUUCGACAACCAUAAGCUGAGAUACGACAUGUUAAUGGCAGAGAAAGAUGGAGUUUCUGCCGAAGUAGACAAUCUAAAAGCAGAGAUGAGAUCAAGAGACAUCCAAAUCAAGCAGAUGGAGGAGGAACUUAACCAGCUGGUCUUUAGGGAGACCGAGCUUGUGUCUGAAUCAGGAAAUGCCAAGAGCAUCGUGGAAGAGCUGAGGGAAAGAGUUAAAGAACUGGAGAAGCAAGCAGAGCAACAGAGGAAUGCCUUAUCAGAAGGGGAGGAAGAGAAACGAGAGGCGAUAAGACAGCUUUGUUUCUCUUUGGAUCAUUACAAAAGGGGAUACAGACAGCUUCUGCGGUUUCUUUCGAACAAAUAAAAAGGCAAAUCAUGGUCGUGUGAGUUGGA